GGAAACACAUCUUGGUUUGGACCAGAGCCAUGUUCAUUUCCAGUAGUGUCUUCAUAAAAGUCAUCAUAAUUUCGGUAGUCAUUUUUAAGACGAGUGCAACGGAAAAAGACAAUUUUUGUGAAGCUAUUGUAGAAAAAACAAAAAUUGGUAUAAAUGGUGAGAGCAUCAAAUACAACCAGACUGUCCGAACAUGCUGUGAAGGCUAUAUUACGUAUAACCUAGAGUGCAAACCUAAAUGUAUGUGUACCAAUAAUGAUUGUCUCAAUCCCGGUAAAUGCAUAUGCUCAAAAGGUUAUAAGAAACCCUGGGAGUCUGCCCAUUUUUGUGUUCCUGUAUGUGAGCCAGCUUGCCCACAAUAUUCUACAUGCGAGCGACCCGAUGAUUGCGUUUGUUAUCCUGGCUACGAAAAAAAUUCCGAGACUGGUGAAUGCGAUCUACAGUGUGAUACAGAAACUCGUCAACCUAAUUUCGAUAUAAACGAAUGCGUGUUGAAAGAUUGCAUUUGUUCCAGUGGAGGAUAUUGUUUAGAUGAUCGAAACCGAUGUAUCUGUUCUUUAGGUUACAAUCGAACUAAGGACAAUCAAUGUGAACCCCAAUGUCAGCCACUAUGUAUUAAUUCGGAUUGCAAUGGCCCCAACCAAUGUCGAUGUUGGACUGGAUAUCACAGCACAGACAAACCGCACGUUUGCGAGGCGGAAGAACUUUGCAGGGGAAAGCCUUGCCAGAAUGGUGUAUGUUUGGACACAGGCGAAUGUAGAUGCAGAAAAGGUUUUACCAAAUCCUUUAAUAUGCGGGGCAGAAUAGUUUGCGAAACUAUGGCGGUGUUUAUUGGAAAAAUAAUGUCGGUAAUAUUGGGCCUGCCUUUAGCCUUGGUUGUCAUAGUUCUGCUUAUAGUUUAUGUGGUAGCAUUGAAGAGGAAGAAACAAUCAGCGAACAAUGUUGUACAAAAUUACAGCUAUGCAAAAUUCAGACCAGUUGUAACAUUUACAAUGCCAAAGGUAAUGCUAAGGAAGGAUGUUGUUUUUGCUGAUUUAUCAUAGUAUUGCUCUUCUAUCCAUAUCACAAACUUAUAAAUUUUUUUAAUUAUAAAGUAAUGUACAUAAAAAUUAUAAAAA